AUGGGGAUGGGCAUGGGGAUGGGCAUGGGGAUGGGCAAGAGCGAUGGCUCCGCAGCCAGGAGCCCAUCAGCCUGGCAUGGCCUAAACCACUCUUUGGAUCACCUCCUCAUUGUUUGUCUCCUCCUCUCUGCCCUGACAGACAGCAGCAGGCUGCUGGGCAGCCAGCGGGCAGGCUACGGGACCCUGCAGCCGGACACCGAGAAGCCUCCCAUGGAGGUCACAGGCUACCAGACCAGGCCAUGGAGGGUGGCCCUGUGCCACAUGUGCUCCGUGCUGACAGCAGGGCUGCUCCUUGUGCUCUUCCACUGGAAGCCAAGCCUGGAGGUGCAGGCGAAGUGCAAGCCCUGUGCCCUCGGUCAGGCUGAUUGGGUCAUCAUCAGGGACCGCUUCGGGCAGUGCUUCACCAGCCGCGUGCGCACCGAGCCGCUGGGCGAGGCCAGCCUGGAGAAUCACCCUGGGGCCAGGCUGGAGGAACGGAGGAGCAGCAUCGCCAUCGGUGUGUCGGAAGAGGAGGAGAGCAGGGACACCAUCAGGCUGCAUGAGAAGGAGGAGAGGAACACCCUGCGGUACUACCUCUUCGAGGGCAUGCGCUACGUCUGGAUCGAGCGGCGGCAGGCGUACUGCAAAGUCAGUGUCUUGGAUGAAGGUUGGACCUGCGCAGAUCUCCAUCUCUCCCAGGCAGGGCUUGACCAGCAAGAUCACAACACCAGAAGGAAGAUCUAUGGACCAAACCUCAUCGAGGUGCCAGUCAAGUCCUAUGCGAGGCUGUUGGUGGAGGAGGUCCUCAAUCCCUUCUACAUCUUCCAAGUGUUCAGCAUCGUGCUGUGGGUCUGUGAUGCCUAUUACUACUAUGCUGCCUGCAUCUUCUUCAUCUCCACCAUCUCCUUAGGGCUGUCCCUCUACGAGACAAGGAAGCAAAGCAGCACACUGCAGAACAUGGCCAAGAUGUCAGUUGGUGUCCGAGUCCAUCGCCCCAGGGGAGGGGAGGUGCUGGUGAGCUCUGUGGAGCUGGUGCCAGGGGACUGCAUCGUGCUGCCCACGGAGGGGACGCUGGUGCCCUGCGACGCUGCGCUGCUGAGCGGGGAGUGCAUGGUCAACGAGAGCAUGCUGACAGGGGAGAGCGUGCCAGUGAUGAAGACUCCUCUGCCUGCAGGCAGCCAGGCAGCCAGCACCAUCUAUUCCCCUGAGGAGCACAAGAGGCACACCUUGUUCUGUGGCACCCAGGUCAUCCAGGCCAAGGCCUACGUGGGAGGAGAGGUGCUGGCCGUGGUGACCCGCACGGGGUUUUGCACUGCCAAAGGGGAUCUCAUCAGCUCCAUCCUCUACCCCAAGCCUGUGAGCUUCAAGUUCUACAAGGAUGCUGUGAAGUUUGUCCUGUUCCUUGCUGUCUUGGCUUUCAUUGGCACGCUCUACAGCAUCCUCAUCUUGGUCAAAAACCAGGUCCCUGUGGGGCAAAUCAUCAUCCGGGCCCUCGACCUCGUCACUGUCAUCGUGCCCCCAGCCCUGCCAGCUGCCAUGACAGUGGGCACCAUCUAUGCCCAGAACAGGCUGAAGCAGCAGGGCAUCUUCUGCAUCAGCCCUCCCCGCAUCAACCUCUGCGGCAAGCUCCGCCUGGUCUGCUUCGACAAGACAGGAACCCUGACAGAGGAAGGCCUGGAUGUGUGGGGGGUGGUCCCCCUGGAGAACAACCACUUCCUGCCCAUUGUCCACGAGCCAGGCUGGCUGCCUGCUGGGCCCCUGCUCUACUGCCUGGCCACCUGCCACACGGUGACACUGCUGCGGGCACAGCCCCUCGGGGACCCUGUGGACCUCAAGAUGCUGGAGUCCACUGGCUGGCAUCUGGAGAUGCUGGAGGAGGAGGAGGGUGAGCUGCCUGCCUUCCAGCAGUUUGGGACCAAGGUCUUGGCUGUGGUGAAACCUCCACCUGAAGAGGAGCAGCCCCGAGACAGGAAGCACCAGCUGCCCCUGGGCAUCCUGCGGCGCUUCCCCUUCUCCUCCUCCCUGCAGAGGAUGAGUGUGGUGGUGAAGCUGCCUGGGGAAGCCCCAGCCCAGGUCUAUGUCAAGGGUGCCCCAGAGAUGGUGGCCAGCCUGUGCAUGAAGGAAACAGUGCCCCUGGAUUUCUCCCAGAUGCUUCGGCACUACACCACCGACGGCUUCCGCGUCCUGGCUCUGGCCUGCAAAGCCCUGGGCACCAUCAGCACCUUCGAGGAGGCUCUGCAGCUCCCCAGGGACUCUGUGGAGAUGAACCUGACCUUCCUGGGCUUCCUUGUCAUGAAAAAUGUCCUCAAGCCAGAGUCUGCACCUGUGAUUCACCUCCUGAGGAAGGCCAACAUCCGCCCAGUCAUGGUGACAGGGGACAACAUGCUGACAGCCGUCAACGUGGCCAGGAGCUGCCGCAUGGUGGAGCAGAAGGAGAGAGUGAUCUUCGUCAGCGCCUCGCCCCCCGCCCGCGGCCAGCCGGCGGCUCUCAAGUUCGUCCUGGCCGAGCACUCCCGGGGGGAAGAGCAGCCAGAGGUGAGUCCCAAGAGGCCCCAGCCUUACCACUUGGCCCUGAAUGGCAAAUCCUUCGCCGUGGUUUGUGAGCACUUCGCUGAGCUGCUGCCCAAGAUCCUCCUCCGGGCCACUGUCUUCGCCCGCAUGUCGCCUGAGCAGAAGACUCAGCUGGUGUGCAGCCUGCAGGAGCUCAACUACUGCGUGGGGAUGUGCGGGGACGGAGCCAACGACUGCGGGGCGCUGAAGGCAGCCGACGUUGGCAUCUCGCUGUCGGAGGCCGAGGCCUCGGUGGCCUCCCCCUUCACCUCCCGCCUGGCCAGCAUCCAGUGCGUGCCCACCAUCAUCCGGGAGGGCAGGUGCUCGCUGGUCACCUCCUUCGGGGUCUUCAAGUACAUGGCCCUCUACAGCCUGGUGCAGUUUGUGUCCGUCCUGCUGCUCUACACGCUCAACACCAACCUGAGCGACUUCCAGUUCCUCUUCUUCGACCUCAUCAUCACCACCACCGUGGCGGUGCUGAUGGGUCGGACCGGUCCUGCCCAGGAGCUGGGAGUGGAGCGUCCCCAGGGGACACUGAUCAGUGUCCUGGUGCUGGGCAGCCUGCUCCUCCAAACCACUCUGCUCAUCACUGUGCAGGUCCUCAGCUACUUCGUCACCGUCUCGCAGAGCUGGUAUGUGCCACUGAACAGCACAGUGAUGGCUCCCCAGAACCUGCCUAACUACGAGAACACAGCCCUCUUCUGCAUCACAGGCUUCCAGUACCUCAUCCUGGCCGUCGCCAUGUCCAAGGGCUACCCCUUCCGCCUGCCGCUCUACACCAACGUGCUUUUCCUGGUAGUCCUCAUCCUCCUCUUCAGCCUCAUGAUCUGGCUGACUCUCUACCCCCUGGGCUUCCCCAAAGCCCUGUUGAAGCUGAAGGACAUUGAUGACUUGAAUUUCAAGCUGCUGCUGCUGGGGAUCGCUGCCCUCAACUUCUUCGCUGCCUUCGUGCUGGAGACUGCCCUGGACCACGGUUUGCUCAUCUGCCUCCACAAGCUGCGCAGGAAGAAAGCAUCCAAGAAGCUUUUCAAGAGGCUGGAGAAGGAACUGAGCCAGCAGCAGCCAAAUUGGCCUCCCCUGAAUGAACCUCUCUUUGCCACACCCAAGAUGUCCAUGGCCAUGAGAUAG